AUGGUGUAUCAAGCUAAACCAUUCGAUCCAAUCACGGUAAAAGCGACUGGGAAAAACCGCGUGGCGUACUUUUAUGAUGCUGACGUUGGCUCCUUCAGUUAUGGGUCAUCUCACCCUAUGAAACCACAUAGAAUCAGAAUGACCCACUCACUGAUUAUGAAUUACGGGCUUUACAAAAAAAUGGAAAUAUAUAGGGCCAAACCGGCGACAAAACAAGAGAUGUGCCAAUUCCACUCCGACGAGUACAUCGACUUUCUGUCGCGAGUAACACCCGACAAUUUGGAAAUGUUCCAGAAGGAGAGCGUCAAGUUCAACGUCGGUGACGAUUGUCCUGUUUUUGACGGAUUGUACGAAUACUGUAGUAUAUCAGGAGGUGGCUCUAUGGAAGGGGCUGCAAGGCUUAAUCGGGGAAAAUGUGACGUUGCGAUCAACUACGCCGGCGGGUUGCAUCAUGCCAAGAAAUCGGAAGCCUCGGGUUUCUGCUACCUCAACGAUAUUGUUCUGGGGAUCAUCGAACUGCUGAGGUACCACUCAAGGGUUCUGUACAUCGACAUAGACGUUCACCAUGGUGACGGUGUUGAGGAGGCUUUUUACACCACUGACAGAGUGAUGACCUGCUCGUUCCACAAAUACGGGGAGUUUUUCCCCGGUACUGGUGAGCUGCGAGACACAGGUGUCUCAAAAGGUAGAUAUUACUCGGUAAACGUACCACUUCGUGAUGGUAUAGACGAUGCCACUUACAAGUCUGUUUUCGAGCCUGUAAUUGGAAAGAUCAUGGAAUGGUAUCAGCCUUCUGCAGUGGUUUUGCAGUGCGGUGGUGAUUCGCUUUCUGGUGACAGAUUGGGCUGCUUCAACCUUUCGAUGCGUGGGCAUGCCAAUUGUGUUAACUACAUGAAGUCUUUUGGUAUUCCUAUGCUUGUCGUCGGUGGGGGUGGCUACACGAUGCGCAACGUGUCAAGGACAUGGGCUUUUGAGACCGGUCUUCUCAACAACGUGAUUCUCGACGAGAAUUUGCCUUACAACGAUUAUUACGAGUACUACGGUCCCGAUUAUCAACUUGACGUCAGGCCGUCCAACAUGUUCAACGUGAACACUCCUGAGUACCUGGAUAAAGUACUUACUGGUAUUUUCGCCAACUUAGAGAACACGAAGUUUGCUCCCAGCGUACAACUUAACAAUGUUCCACGCGAUCGUGAAGAUCUGGGCGACGUUGAAGAGGACACCGCGGCUGCCAAAGACACAAGAGGUGGCUCCCAACACGCGAGAGAUGCGAUCAUCGAAAGAGACGAUGAGUUCUAA